AUGGCGGACGCGAUAGCGCUCCCGCCCGCGCCGAACUGGUACGGCUCCGCGCUCGCGUCUUGGGGCGGCGAGGACGGCGACGUGUACGCGUACGCCGCGAAGAACGCGGUGAUCCUCCUCAAGCCGCCUUCGUCAUCGUCCGCGGACGACGACGCGUCGGCCGCCGUCGAGCGCGGCGUCUUCCUCGACGACGACGACGAUCGACCCCCCGCCGACCGAGGACGUCGUCCUUCAUCGCCUUUUAGCCCGCAUCCCUCGCGCGUCGUCGGCGCGCUCGUCGGCCACGCCAACCGCGUCACCGCGCUCGCGUUCGCGACGCUCCCGGGCGCGCGCCACCUCCUCGUCACCGGCGGCGCGGACAAGCACGUGCGCGUGUGGGACGUCGAGACGCGACGAUGCGUGCGGACGAUGCGCGGGCAUCACGCGGCGGAGGUUUCGGCCGUCGCGACGUCGCGCGCGAGCGCGUCCAUCGCCGCGUCCGGCGACCGCGCCGGUAAGGUGUUCAUCUGGCGGUUUCGCGAGUGCGGCGGGUACGGCGGCGGCGGCGAUCGCCCGUGGCGCGCGUUGACGCCGUUGGACGCGUCGCCGGUGUUGGCCCUCGCGUUCAAAUUCGCCGACGCCGACGCCGACACCGCCGCCGCCGCUGACGCGGACGCCGACGCGGACGCCGCCGCCGACUCCGGCGGCGCGCUCGCGAUCGGGCACCAGAGCGGCGCGCUCGCGGUCGCGGACGUCGACGACGGGAGCGUCCGGAAGCUCCCGGCGAGAGCCGCGGAGGUCCAAUCCCUCGCGUGGGCGCCGCCGAGAGCUUCCGGAGGACGCGGGGACGAGAAGAGUAAAGACACAGCUGUGCUCGCCGUCGGCGGACGCGGCGAGCGCGCGGUGACGCUGUGGUCGUGGGACACGAAACGCGCGCGCGCGUCCCUGCGCGGGACGCUGCCGCUGCCCAAGUGCCCCUCGCACUUGUCCGAGGCGCAGCGCGGGAGGCUGUGGCUGUGCGUCGCGUGGGCGGGGCGCGCGACGAUCGACGCGCCGUCUUCUUCCUCCUCGGAGGCGGCGGCGGCGCGCGCGAACGCGAACGCGAACGAGAAAAAGAGCGACGAGCGCUGGUUGCUCACGUCGUCGCACGGCGGUGACGUCUUGCGUUGGCGAAUCGAUCUCGACGCGGACGAGGGACGGCUGUGCGUCGCGCCGCCGGAGACGUUCGGUCCGCCGGAGUCCGCGCACGCGCGCACGGUGUUCAGCCUCGCCGUGCGAGAGUCCGCCGGCGGCGGCGGCGGCGCGAUCGCGACGACGACGUCGCUGGAUAAGUCGAUAUCGUCUUGGAGCGUCGACGCGGCGACCAGGGCGUGGAGCGCGUGCGGGCUCGGCGGGUUCGCGUACGACAUGGACGUGAACCCCGAGCGCGCGUCGCAGGUCGCGAUCGCGUGCGGGGACGGCACCGUGCGGUGUUUAGACGUGGAGGACCACGCGUCCCGCGGACGCGGCGUCGUCGGCGACGGCGGCGCCGUCUUAUUUCGCGGGCUCCCGCGAACGAAAGCGACGUGCGUUCGGUUUCGUCCGAUCGACGACGACGACGGAUUCGGAUUCGACGACGCGUCGGGGUCGAGAGCGAGCGCGAAUUCGAUCGCCGCGGUCGGGUUAGAGGACGGCCGGAUCGUCCUCGUCGACGCGAUGAGCGGGCGGUACGCGAUACAGAGAGACUGCCACGCCGGCGCUGUGUCGGACGUUCGGUGGAUAACGUCUCCGCGCGGGGACGUCGUCUUGGUGUCGUUAGGGAACGGGUGCGUGUGGCGAUGGACGUCGCUCGCGGUGCCGGAAGACCGCCGACGCGGCGGCGGCGGCAGCGGCGGCGGAGGAGGAGGUGGUGGCGGUGAUUUCGUGGACGUGAGCGAGAUGUUCGAUCGCCCGCCUUCGGAGGCGGGCGGCGGCGCGGAAAUCGCCGCGUUCGAUUGGCUCCGCGUUCGAAUUCGAACCCCGAAGGUAGACGACGACGACGAAGACGGCCACGACGCGGGCGACGCGGGCGAAGACGCGGACGCGUUCACGACCAAGGUCGCGAUCGGAUGGAGCGACGGGUGCGUGACCGCGCACGCGAUGAAAAAAACAGUCGACGACGCCGCCGGCGGCGGAAUGUCGUUCACGCGCGAGUGGUGCGCUUUCGAACACGCGCGACGGGUGACGCGCGUGAGAUGGCGCGCGCGCGGUGGCGGUGGCGCCGCGCCGCGCGCGAACGCGAAGAGAGGAGACGCCGGCGACGAGACGACGCGCGCGUGGCUCGGCUCCGUCGGCGCGGACGGCGCGUUCCUCGUCUACGACGGCGACACCGGCGAGGUCGUCAGGUCCGCGCCGCCGUGCCGCCAGGCGCUCUUGGAUUUAGACUGGGCGCCGCGCGGCCGCGGCGGCGGCGGCGGCGUGGCCGCCGCCGUGGCGGGCGCGGACGGCGUCGUUCGCGUCUACGACCUCUCCGGCGCGCCCGUCCUCGCCGCGGUGUCGCGAGGGCACGUCCCCGGGAAGGCGUUGUGCGUCAAGUGGGCGCGCGUCGAUGGCGACGCCGCGAUGCUCGUGACCGGGGGCGACGAUCAGACCGCGCGCGCGUUCGAUCCGAGGGAUCCGCGGGCGGCGCCCUCGGCGGCGACGGGCGGCGGCGCGUCGAGCGCGGCGGAGACCGCGGAGGGCGACGAGAAGCGCGUCGCCGCGGCGGACGCCGGCGACGGCGAGCGGACGGCGGAGAAGGAGGACGACGACGAGCGCGAUGAGGAGAAAUCCGCGCCCGCGCCCGCGCCCGACGGCGGCGGCGGCGGCGGCGCGGCGACGAAGAAGAAGCGCAAGGGCGCGUCCGCCGGUCGCGGGUUACUGAAACCGACGUCGUUCGAAGCCACCGCGGAGGGCGUCGCGCAGAGCCGAGCGGCGGUCGUCGCGCUCGCGCGGAGGAUACACGGGGGAGGAGGCGUGGGAUCGAUCGACGACGCGGAAUCGACGGAAUGCGGCUACGGCCCGCGCGGUUUGGGUCUGUUCACCGGACAGGAGAACGCGAUGCGAACGUUGCUCGCGGAGGAACGCGCCGCGCUCGACGCGGACGCGCAGACGCGCGGCGGCGGCGGCGGCGGCGGCGACGCGGACGACGACGACGCGUUUUCCUCCCGAACCGCCGCCUCCGUCGGCGCGUUCAAACCCGCGGAACGCGCGGCGUACGCGGCGAUCCUCCGCGGCGACUUCCACGCCGCGGCGGACGUCGUCUUCUCGCGUCACGACGGCCCGAUCCCCUCCGAUUUCCUCGCCUCGCUCGUCGGCGGCGGCCACGCGUUUUACGCCACGUGCGUCGCGAAACAGAUCGAGCGCCUGGAGCGACGCGGCGAGCACCAGCGCGCGUGCGUCCUCGCGCUGUCGCUGCACGACGUCCACGGCGCGCUCGGGUCGUUACGACGCGGCGGGCUCCCGCGCGACGCCGCCGCGUUGGCCGCCGCGCGUUUGCUUCCGACGGAUCCCGCGUUGAAGGAGGCGCUGAGGGAGCUCGCCGUCGCGGAGGAGAACCGCGGCGGGAUGGAGGCCGCCGCGAAGGCGCACCUCGCGUCCGGGCGGCCCUCCGCGGCGGUGCGCGCGAUGCUGCGGCCGCGCGACGCGCUCGGGUCGGUCGCCGCCGCGGAGGUGGCGCUCAUAGCGCGGGUCAGGACGGAGCCGGAUAAGCAGACGGUGUUGCGCGCGGCGCGGGAGUUGAGCGACGCGGGGCGGCGGGACGACGCGGAGGGGAUGCUGCGUCGGUGGGUCGAAGGCGGCGACGGCGACGGCGACGGCGACGCCGACGUCGAGGAGGUUCGGAGAGCGAUCGUCGCGGCGAGGCGAGGGGCGUCGGGCGCGGUCGAGGGAACCGAGCCGCGAGCCGCCGAAUCGUAG